GUGGAAACCCAUGCAAAAAAGCGUUCAUUAAAAUCCGCAACCAAACUUUCUCAGCCAAUUAAUCACAUACAUCUAAACUCGAGCUACUACUAUAAAGCUUGAUCUGUUGUGUAUCCAAGCUUCUCCACUUAUUACCCAAAAGCUUCUGCACAGUAUCAUGAGUCCCGCAUGGCUAUUAUUGUUGACCCAAAGUCUUCUGGUGGCGGUGACUACUUCGGAGGCCAAGAACAAUGUCCCAGCCGUGAUUGUUUUCGGAGACUCCUCGGUGGAUUCUGGGAACAACAACGUCAUAGCCACUGUUUUGAAGAGCAAUUUCAAGCCUUAUGGUCGUGACUUCGAAGGUGGUCGUCCCACGGGACGGUUCUGCAAUGGUCGUGUCCCUCCAGAUUUCAUUGCUGAGGCUUUUGGCAUUAAACGUACGGUUCCUGCAUACUUGGAUCCUGCUUAUACCAUUCAGGAUUUCGCCACUGGGGUUUGCUUUGCCUCUGCUGGAACUGGAUAUGAUAAUGCUACUUCUGCUGUACUAAAUGUGAUACCACUGUGGAAGGAGAUAGAGUAUUACAAGGAGUAUCAAGCCAAAUUAAGAACCCAUCUUGGUGUAGAAAAAGCCAAUAAGAUCAUAAGCGAAGCCUUGUACUUGAUGAGUUUAGGAACCAACGAUUUCCUCGAAAACUAUUACGUGUUCCCAACGCGAAGACUCCACUUCACCGUGUCACAAUAUCAGGAUUUUCUACUGCGUAUUGCGGAGAAUUUCGUUAGGGAAUUGUACGCACUUGGAGUUAGGAAAUUGUCCAUAACUGGUCUUGUUCCCGUAGGAUGUCUCCCCUUAGAGAGGGCCACGAACAUCUUAGGCGACCACGGUUGCAAUCAGGAAUACAACGACGUGGCUUUGAGCUUCAAUAGGAAGUUGGAGAAUGUGAUCACGAAGCUUAAUAGGGAGCUUCCACGGUUGAAAGCGUUGUCGGCAAAUGCAUAUUCCAUCGUCAAUGAUAUCAUCACAAAACCUUCCACAUAUGGAUUUGAGGUUGUAGAGAAGGCGUGUUGUUCGACAGGAACAUUUGAGAUGAGCUACUUGUGCAGUGACAAGAAUCCACUUACAUGCACAGACGCCGAAAAGUACGUGUUUUGGGAUGCAUUUCAUCCUACGGAGAAGACAAAUCGCAUUGUCUCAAGUUAUUUGAUUCCAAAGCUUCUAGAAACCUUUAGAUGAUGAUUAUCCAUUAUUUUCCAUUUGAAAAAUCACAUAGUCUUGCCUAGGGCGACAUGAAAAAAAAAUACAUUUAGCGAGAUUUAAUGUCGGGUUGCCAUGCUUGAUAUGGAUACUUUUUUUGUGUGUUCAAUUGUUAUAACAAAUAAAUUUACACCUGAAAUCAUGUAGUCAUGUACACCCACAUUUGACCUUUUGUACCUUCCCAUGCUAUACUGUGCUUGGGUUUUUUCUUCCAUUGAUUCUUGUUUAGCUUUGCCAACUAUUGUCUAUUGAUGUUUGGCUUUUUUUUA